AGCCCCAGCCUGCCGUCUAAGUCGGACCGUUUUCAGUCAGCCCUGACUGAAAAGGCCUACAAGGCAGCUGCGCUUUCGGCCAGAGCGCUCAAUGUCCUCUCCCUGCUCACGGCCUACCAGGCUGAGUUGUGUGAGGAUUUUGUGCAAACUCAGGACCCGGCUGCGUGGGAGGAGAUCCCGGUCAUUACCGACCUGUGUCUCCGUGUCCAACGCUGCGCGGUCCAGGCCACGGGGAAAGCGAUGGGGACCAUGGUCCUGCAGGAACGGGCGCGGUGGCUCAACCUCGCCAACCUGUCGGACAGGGAGAAGGACGACGUCCUGGACAUGCCCAUUGUCCCGGAGGGGAUUUUUGGCUCCGCGUUGGCUUCAAUGCAACGGCGGUGUGAAGCCAAAAAGAAGGAGGAUGAGGCUCUCCAGCUCUGCCUCCCCCGUAAGCCCCCUGCGCCCUCUCCACCUGCGCAGCGUAAAACCUUCACACAGGCUGCUUCCCAGGUUUCACGGUUUAAAGUGCCUAAGCAGCCAAGACCCCAGCCUGCGCCGCCUUCCCAGCCAGGUCGGCCCAGCUGGCCCAGAAAACCCUCGGUCCCGGCCGCGGCUCCGCCGGCCCCGCCCGCGCAAGCUACCGGCCAGGCCAGGAAAAAGAAGAGAGCGGCCUGACCGCCCCUCUCUCCACCGGUGAUGCAGCUGGACGUUCCCCGUUCUCCAGCCCCACCUGUUCGGCUUUUCAGCGUGUGCCCGGGGGCCCCCCACGCCCCCGCCUCCCAGCCGCCACGGCCUGCGCCAGAGCGAGCCGGGAGAGAUGGACGUUUGACGGCGGAGAGUUCAGCGGUUGCCCCUGUCUUACGUCCACAAGCACGCACACACACACACAUUUUCUCAAAGAAAAUAAAAUGUGUCCCGCUGCCGCAUCCAGGCCGAGUGCCGAGGGCGCAGCUAAUAAAAGCCAAAAGAAUCACAAUGAGCAGCGCGGUGGCAACGCUCGCUGUUCCCCCUCGGGUAAAAGCCGAGGCGGGGGCGGCGGGGCCGCCGCGCUGCCCACCCGGACGGCCGUCCACUGUGCCGUCCGGGUGCCGUGCCACUGUUCCACCACGGGAGGCCGCCACCGCACCGCGGCUGGGGCCUCUCGUGGUGGAGGGGCUGCGGUGCGAGACCACUCUCUCCCUCAGGUGGGAGAGAUGGGCCGCACUCGCGGCUCCGCCUUGGGUGUUGAGGACGAUUUCGCGGGGUUACAGGCUGCAGUUCGCCGCCGUUCCUCCGCGUUUCGCCGGUAUAAUACACUCUCAGGCUCGGGGGGAGUCAGCUCGUGUUUUGCAGGAGGAAAUCCUCUCGCUGUUAAACAAAAGAGCAAUUUGUAUCGUUCCCCCCGCACAGUGUCAGAGCGGUUUUUACUCCAGGUAUUUUCUGGUUCCCAAACGGGGGGGGACUGGUAUUCGCCCUAUCCUGGAUUUACGUGCUCUGAACAAAUUUCUCAGGAAAUACAAAUUCAGGAUGCUUACACACGCAUCCCUGUUGCGCCUUGUGCGGCAGAACGAUUGGUUCACUUCUGUCGAUCUGAAAGACGCGUAUUUCCACAUCCCGAUCUAUCCUCCCCACAGAAAGUAUCUGAGGUUCGCUUUCCAGGGGAUCUGCUACGAGUAUCGCGUACUUCCCUUCGGCCUGUCUUUAAGCCCGAGGGUGUUUGUGCGGUGCACGGAAGCGGCGAUAGCCCCGCUGAGACGGCAGGGCAUUCGCCUGGCCACAUAUCUGGACGACUGGCUGCUGCUGGCACAGUCGGAGCAGGAGGCCAGAGCGCACACGCGUAUUCUCAUGCAACACCUGGUGGAUCUGGGUUUCGUGAUAAACGCGGAAAAGAGCGUGCUGUCCCCGGCGCAGGAGAUAAUCUUUCUGGGAUUAUCCCUGGACUCGGUGUCUUUCACGGCGCGCCUCUCGGCGGAGCGUGUGAGGGUCUUCAGGACAUGUCUCGCGCUUUUUCGUCCGAGGAAAUCUGUUCGAUUCAGGUUGUGUCUUCGGUUACUCGGGUUGAUGGCGUCUGCCAUUCUCGUAGUCCGUCUCGGUCGCCUCCACAUGAGGGAAUUCCAGCUGUGGGUGGCCUCAUGUGGGCUGGACCCCGUGCGUCAUGGCGCACGGAUGGUGCCGGUCACGCCGGGGUGCGCCAGGUCGCUGUGCCACUGGCGAGUCCCGUCCUUUCUGACCCGCGGGGUACCCAUGGGCUCCGUUCUGUCCAGGAAGGUGGUCACUACGGACGCCAGCCUGACGGGAUGGGGCGGGAUUCACGAGGGCAGGUCUGUGAGGGGCGUCUGGAGUGUGGGCCUCCAGCGGUCUCACAUAAAUUUUCUGGAGCUUUCAGCGGUGUUCCUCUCCCUGAAACAUUUUCUUCCGUCUCUCAUGGGUCAUCAUGUCCUGGUGAGGACGGACAAUACGACGACGGUGGCGUAUAUCAACCGUCAGGGGGGUUUACGCUCCCGUCAGCUGCACAUGUUGGCACGCAGACUGAUCCUGUGGAGCUGCGGUCGUCUCCUCUCUCUGAGAGCGACGCAUGUUCCGGGAGUCCUGAACACGGGCGCGGACCUGUUGUCCAGGGGCGCGCCAGUGUACGGGGAAUGGACUCUGCACCCGGAGGUUGUGGAGCAGUUGUGGUCCCGUUACGGUCGGGCCGCGGUGGAUCUGUUCGCGUCGCGAGAGAACGCGCAGUGCGCGCUGUUUUACUCUCUGCGCGGCGUGGAUGCUCCCCUCGGCAUAGACGCGUUAGCGCACGCCUGGCCGCGCGAGCUUCUUUAUGCGUUCCCUCCCCUGGCCUUGAUACCCCCCACUCUGUCCAGAGUGAGGGAGCACGGCCACGCGCUGAUUCUGGUGGCUCCGCAUUGGCCUGCGAUGCAUUGGCUGGCGGAGAUAUAUCGGUUGCUGUGCACCCAACCCUGGCAGCUCCCGCUGCGCAGGGACCUGCUGUCGCAAGGGGGGGGGAUGGUCUUCCAUCCGCACCCGGAGCGCCUGGCGCUCUGGGCUUGGCCCCUGAGUGGCUCAGUCUGUCAGCUGGGGGUCUCUCACAGCGAGUCUCUGUAUGACUGCAAGUGGAGGGUGUUUGAGGAGUGGUGCCACAGUAACGGCCACGUUCCUCUUCACUGUCCGGUGGGGGUGAUUUUGUCAUUCUUGCAGGACCUGAUUGACAAUCGGAAGGCUUUCUCCACGGUUAAGGUGUACUUGGCGGCUAUUGCCGCGUGCCACGUGGGGUUUGGGAGGCUGACGGUGGGCCAGCACCCACUCGUUUGCCGUUUUAUGAAGGGGGCGCGCAGGCUUCUCCCCGUGUCCAGGCCGCUGGUGCCGCCUUGGGACCUGGCUGUGGUUUUGGAGGGGCUCAAGGGCCCUCCGUUUGAACCACUGGAGGGGGCCGACUUGAAACACGUGUCUCUCAAGGCGGUGUUGUUACUGGCUCUGGCUUCGGCGAAGCGGGUUAGUGACAUUCAUGCGCUCUCGGUGCACCCGUCGUGCACUCAGUUCUUCCCGGGGGAUGUGAGGAUGACCUUGAGGCCCAACCCGGCUUUUGUGCCUAAGGUGGUGGGCUCAUGUUCUCCUAUUGACCUUGUGGCCUUUGCUGCCUCAUCUGGUGAGCUGCGGUCGCAUGCGUUAUGUCCAGUCCGUGCUGUGCGCACCUAUGUGGAUAGGACUGGGGGGUUCAGGAGGAGCGAUCAGCUGUUCAUCUCCUGGGCUAGUCCUCAUAGAGGGAAGCCUAUUACGAAGCAGCGCCUGUCCCACUGGGUGGUGGAGGCGAUUGCUUUGGCCUAUGCGGGUCAGGGUUUGCAGCCACCUGUGGGUCUGCGAGCGCACUCGACUCGGGGCGUGGCUACAUCCUGGGCCUUGUUCAGGGGAGUGUCUGUUCAGGACAUUUGUGCGGCGGCGAGUUGGUCCUCGCCUCUCACUUUUGUCCGCUUUUAUAUGUUGGACGUCUCCGCUCCUUGCGUGGCAAGCGCGGUAUUGAUGUCCUGA